AUGCUGUCUCUGGGUCCGACUGAGCCUUGGUCGGUUCGGGAGAAACUCUGUCUCGCCUCCUCGGUGAUGAGAAGCGGAGAUCAGAACUGGGUGUCUGUAAGCAGAGCCAUCAAGCCCUUCUCAGAGCCUGGACGACCCCCGGACUGGUUCUCCCAGAAGGAAACUGAAGAAAGAGCUGUGGGCGAUCUAGAGCUAAAGAGGAAGCAGGAAGAAGAGGAGGCUGAGCAGAAGAAGAGGGCGACUGAGGCAGCAUAUCAGGUUCGUCAGGCAGCUAAAAACACACCAAAGAGAGUUCCCAGCGUGACAGUACGUUCUCCACCCGGUGCUAGUUCUCCCAGCAUGGAUGUCUCGCAACCAGAAACACUGCAACCAGUGACAGAUGAAACAUGUGCCAGUCCAAUGGCUCAAGGACUGACUGUCUUCAUGCCUAUGUCUGAGGUCUCGGGUCCAGGGCCUAAAGAGUCAGGUCUGGCCCCUAUAGUAGAGGACUCCCCACAGAAGAAACACCUUGCCCCAAAAGCCACACCACCUCCCUCCCCGUUGCUGUCUGAAUUGCUGAAGAAGGGCAGCCUCAUCGCUGCUAGCUCUAGACUGGUGGUUGAAGGUGACGUGGCCACGGGUUUAAGUAAUGGAUCUCAUGGAGUUGAGCUUCACGCUGCUGCAACCGCUCUGCCUGCUAAUCAAGACAUUACAGCUGAUGCUCCUACGUUAUCACGUCUGUUGGAGAGCGCCACCCCAGCGCAGCAACCGGUCAGUGCCGAUCCCCCUAAGCCCCCCACAGUGGUCCCCCCAGCCCCGGACCACCUCUCUGUGCCCAAAACAGGAGCUGCAGCUGUUGCUGAAGGUUCUGGAGCAGAGGCAGUGAUGGCAGGAUCGUCCACGCCAGCUGAGGUGGAGGGGAAGGAGGCCGAGCUGGUGGAAGAGGACACAGUGGUGUCAGUCUCAUACAUGGCCCACGAACUGGACCUGGAGACAGUGGGAGACAUCAUUGCAAUCAUAGAGGAGAAGGUGGACGAUCCUGUGGAGGCUUUGGAUGCAGCCGCAGUGGAGGCGGCUCUCUCUCUCUGUGAGGACCCAGCAGUUGGCGGCCACCCCCUAACCAGCCCUUGGGAAUCACAGACCUUUAAGGCAGCCGAACCAGAGCCCAUCGUCCAGCAGAGUCCUGCCCCAGCAGUCACACAGUGCUGCCCUGACCCGGCCGGUGUGCAGGCCGAAAUGGAGGUUCUGGUAGAGGAGGCUACAGAAACCGAAGCAGUUGACGGAGCGACAGGGGACACUGUAGCGCCUGCCGCCCCUGACACAGAGCAGAGCCAGGACUCUGAGGUUAAGACUGAGGGUGAGAGGGAACUAGAGGGAGAAGGAGGGAUGGAGGAAGUGCAGCAGGAGAACAGAACCCCGAGUCCAGCCGUGAAGUGUGAGGGAGAGGACUGGGUUCAGCCAGAGACCGUGACGCCCUGUUUGGACUCAGAAGAUAGCUCAGCCUCAGCAAAAGACACAAAGGAGGUGAAGGAGGAGGAUGGAGGCAGUGAGGUGGAUGUGGAUGAAGGGAUGGAGAUGAAAGAGUGUGGCGAUGGGGACGGAGAGGGGCCGUAUCUCUCAGAGGUUGACCCUCCUGCCAGCGAGAGUGAGGAUGGGUACGGCAGUCACUCCCAGCGCUACACCACAGCGGACUCCACCGCCAGCAGCCCUGCCUCUUCACAGUUCUCCAUGUGCAGUGAAGAUCAAGAGGCCUUGCAGGCUCAAAAGAUCUGGAAGAAAGCCAUCAUGCUGGUGUGGCGGGCAGCAGCCAAUCACAGGUAUGCAAGUGUGUUUCUGCAGCCUGUGUCUGAUGACAUCGCCCCUGGUUACCACAGCAUUGUACACAGACCGAUGGACCUGUCAGCCAUCAAGAAGAACAUCGAGUCCGGGCAGAUCCGCACGACCGCGGAGUUCCAGCGUGACAUCAUGCUGAUGUUCCAGAACGCGGUGAUGUACAACAGCUCGGAUCAUGACGUCUACCACAUGGCCCUAGAGAUGCAGAGGGACGUUCUGGAACAGAUCCAGCAGUUUCUGGCCACUCAGCUGAUCAUGCAAACAUCAGAAUCGGGCAUCAGCACCAAGAGCCUGCGCGGGCGGGAGGCCAACCGCAAACAGGAUCCCAAUGAGAAGACCCUGAGUCCUGCACACAAAGAACCUCAUUUAGAGCCCGAACCACCAGCCAGAAGGAAAAGGAACAACUCCAAACAAGACACUAAUGAGAAGGACAGCCUCUCCAUGGCCUCUCCUGCUUUCCUUCUCUCUCUCUUUGACGGAGGCACCAGAGGGCGUCGCAGUGCCAUUGAGGCCGAUAUGAAGAUGAAAAAGUGAACUGAGAAGUCACACUGCAGCUGUUACGGAAGUUCAAAUAGGCUUUAUUUCCCUGUUUUGUUAAGACGUUCUGGCUAAGUUUAGUUACUCAAUGCCUCGGUGGCUUGACGCAGCAAUUCGAAAGUCUAAUUACAGACAGACCCGAAUAGAAGGGAAUUUUUAAGGGCUUGACCCUCUCUCACAGAAACCCUUCAGUUCUAGACCUGAAAAACUGGUCAAGUGUGGUCUGAUAAAGACUCACAGGACAGGACAAACUGACCUUGUGUUUAUUUGAGUUUAGAGGAGUUGCUUAAAAGUUUUUGACUUCAUUCUUAAAAAUAAAGGCGCUUGCUUAUGCUUUUUGUCUAAAUCGUUACAUAAAGUACCUUUUGAAAUCUGGAGAACCUUUUUGUUUCACAAAAGGUUUUUUGUGGAGAAAGAAGGUUUUUCAAAAUAUAAAAAGGUUAGAAAGAGAUGGUUCUUUAAAGAACCUUUGACUGAAUGGUUUUUUUGUUGAACCAAAAAUGUUUUUUUUCUUACGGCAUCGCCGUGAAGAACUUUUAAGCACCUUUAUUUUUAAGAGUUUUGAAUUCAAAGUUAGGUGUCAUCACUGGCCUUCAAAAAAAAAAAAAGCUGAAUGUACCACCGUCAUGACCACUGGAUGGUUAGAAACCAGAAUGUCAUUUUCUAAAGCUAAGAAUGAAACCUUACAAGCCAUUGCUUAAAACAAAGAUUACUAUCGCCUUAUCGGUUUGAGAUGAUGUGGAACGCUGAACGACGGACAAAGGAGCAAUAAAAGUAAACUUUUUUUCUUCUGUAGGAAUGAAGACGGAUCCGAAGUUUCGUUUAACUUGAUUUUUGCCUAUAGUCAGGAUUAUGGAUGCUUUGGUUUACAGUUAAAGGCCUACUGUACUACGUUCAGUUUGUUUUCGUUCUUUAAGUGAGACUUAACUUGACAUCUGUGUUUAGAAAGAACAUAUAGUUUUGUACAGGGUCUUUGUGUACAGUGUUUUUGUAUAUUGUGUCGUGAAAUGUUUUAAUAAAACAUGAGAGUCAGCGAUUACAA